CUUCCCUUUUCCUCCUCUUCCUCUUAUUCUCUCUUCUCUUCACCACCUCCUCUCUACUUCUAUCUACCAUAUUCACAAUGCCUCGCUUCGUAGGUGCCCUCGACACGGGCACGACCUCCACCAGAUUCAUCAUCUUCGACGACGAGGGAACCCCCUACGCAACCCACCAAAUCGAAUUCGCCCAGUCCUACCCCUUCGCCGGCUGGCACGAGCAGAACCCCAUCGAGAUCAUCGAGUCCUCCCAUGCCUGCAUCAACGGCGCCGUCGAGCAGUUCGUCGCAAAGGGCUACAAGGCCUCCGACAUCGAGGCCAUCGGCAUCACCAACCAGCGCGAGACCACCGUCGUCUGGGACUCCGUCACCGGCAAGCCCCUCUACAACGCCAUCGCCUGGCCCGACACCCGUACCUCCCGUCUCGUCCACGCGUUCAAGGAGAAGCCCGGUGCCGAGAAGCUCUUCGACCUCUGCGGUCUGCCCCUCUCCACCUACCCCUCCGCCAUGAAGCUCGUCUGGCUCCUGCAAAACAUCCCCGCCGUCGCCGACGCCCAGAAGGCCGGCACCCUCAUGUUCGGCACCGUCGACACCUGGCUCGUCUACAACCUCACCGGCCGCGACAAGUUCGUCACCGACUCCACCAACGCCUCGCGCACCAUGUUCCUCAACAUCAACACCCUCACCUACGACGACUUCCUCAUCGACUUUUUUGGCGUCCGCGGCAUCCAGUUCCCCGAACUCAUCUGCUCCUCCGACGACACCGCCUUCGGCAAGGUCGCUGCUGGCGCCAACGCCCUCGCCGGCACCCCCAUCUGCUCCUGCCUCGGUGACCAGUCCGCCGCCCUCGUCGGCCAAAAGGCCUUCUCCGUCGGCGAAGGCAAAAACACCUACGGCACCGGUCUCUUCCUCCUCUACAAUACCGGCCACUCCCCCGUCUUCUCCAAAAACGGCCUGCUCACCACCGUCGCCUACAACUUCAAGGGCCACAAGCCCGUCUACGCGCUCGAGGGCUCCAUCGCCGUCGGCGGCUCGGCCGUCAAGUUCCUGCGCGACAACCUCAAGCUCAUCUCCGACUCGGACGAGAUCGGCCGUCUGGCCUCAAAGGUCCCCGACGCCGGCGGCGUCGUCUUCGUCACCGCUUUCUCCGGCCUCUUUGCUCCUUACUGGAUCGACGACGCCCAGGGUACCAUCUACGGCAUCACCAACUUCACCACGCGCGAGCACAUCGCCCGCGCGACCAUCGAGGCCACCUGCUACCAGACCCGCGCGGUCCUCGACGCCAUGCAGAAGGACUCUGGCUACGACCUCAAGACGCUCAAGGUCGACGGCGGCAUGUCCAACUCCGACGUCUGCAUGCAGAUCCAGUCCGACAUCAUCGGCAUCAACGUCGUCCGCCCGUCCUACCGCGAGACCACCGCGCUCGGCGCCGCCAUCGCCGCCGGCAUCGCCGUCGGAAUCUGGAAGGGCGUCGACGACCUCGAGCGCGUCAACAAGAAGGGCGAGACCACCUUCACGCCGACCAUCACCGAGAAGAAGAAGGAGAAAAUGUACCACUUGUGGGAGCGCGCGGUCGAGAAGUGCCGCGGCUGGGUCGAGGACGUCGAAGAGGACGAGGACCAGCUUACUGAGGAGAAGCGCGUCGAGAGCUCGGUCUCUCUCCACUUGCUCGGCAAGGCUUAAUUGUAAAAUAUCGCAUGUUUUGUUGUAGUUUCUUUCUUUCUUAUAUAUAUCACUAUUGUAUUUAAACCGGACCUGGCGUCC